AUGUCUUCGUAUUACUUUGCCAUUAUCGGAACGCGCGAUAAUCCGUUAUACGAAGUAGAGUUUUCAUCUUUCAAAAAUGCCACAUCUACUCUUACACCAUCCUCAUCUUCGUCAUUAGUAGGAACUUCUCCAAUAAAUAAUAGUGGAGGAGCUCAUAUUCCUGGCAGAUCUCAAUUUACACCGCCUACUAAAGAAAUUUUGCCAUUUAUAGCCCAUUCGAGUCUUGAUUUAAUAGAAGACCAAAUGUGGUCGUCCCAAGCUCUAAAUUUGGGCAAGAUUGACCAAUUUUAUGGAAUAUCAAUAAGUGCAUACUUGACUCAGGGAAAUAUCAAAUUCAUAUUAUGCUACGACUCAAGCAAGGAAGAAAAUACUAUUAAACAGUUUUUCCAGGACGUUAAUGACCUUUACGUAAAGACCCUCAUGAACCCUUUUUACAAUGUCAACGAUGCAAUUAUUUCACCGGAUUUCGACUACAAAAUUAAACUAGUAGCAAAGAAAUACUUGUGA